GACUGAACCACAUGAACAUGAAACAUGACUGGAAAACAACUCAUUACAGUUUCCUAGGCCUAAUUUAACUAGGGAGGUCACCUAUUCUAAAUCAAAACUUGAGCCAAUCGUAGUCGUAUUACAAUGCUGAAAGGUUUCUGAUUUUGCAGACAAGUCAAUUUUCCUACAACCACACCUGAACAGCUGCUUCUCACAUGAGCAGACCCACUGUAACCUCGCCCGAUGCAUUUUGAAAUAAAAUAAUCACUUUGGUUUCAAUUUCCACAAUGAACGUUCUUACAUGAAUAAAUACGAGCAGACGCACGGAAAGUUCCAAAGCGCUCAGUGGAAACAUUUGAUAAAUUAGCCUAACGCACGCACCGCGACCCCCACUGGAGAUGCCGCUCGCUGAUUGGACAAACCCGCUGGGGGUCCAGUGAUUUGUGUAACAAACGGCUAUAAAAAACAGCUCGUCAACGUAACACUAACCAGGGAACAAACAGAGAGCUACAUCCCAAGUGUUCUCCACCAAAAACGAAGCCGACCUCUUCUACCUCUUGCACCCGAUGAACAUCACCAUAUUUCAACAAGAUGCUAGCUAAAUUCGGCCUGUUUGCGAUCUUCCUCGUCCUGGGGACCUCCGCCUUCGAUGCCGAACCGGAGGAAUCCUCUCCUGGCCGUGCACGCUUCUCCUCCAAUAGCCCCUCGGAUGUGGCUGGGUGUUUGAAUGGUGCUCCAGCUGUGGGAUGUGGGACAUUUGCCUGCCUGGAGAAUUCUACCUGUGACACGGAUGGCAUGCACGAUAUCUGCCAACUGUUCCUCCACACCGCAGCUACCUUCAACACACAAGGUAAGACAUUUGUAAAGGACAGUCUGAGAUGUAUUGCCAACGGCGUCACAUCUAAUGUGUUCCAGACCAUCAGACGCUGUGGAAUGUUCCAGAGGAUGAUCUCUGAGGUCCAGGAGGAGUGUUACAGUAGACUGGACAUCUGUGGUGUGGCUCGCUCCAACCCUGAGGCCAUUGGAGAGGUGGUACAGGUACCUGCACACUUCCCCAACAGGUACUACAGCACUCUGCUUCAGUCCCUGCUAGCCUGUGAUCAGGAGACAGUGGCGGUUGUCAGGGCGGAGUUUGUUUCUAGGCUGGGGCCAGACAUGGAGACCCUCUUCCAGCUGCUGCAGAACAAGCCUUGCCCCCAGGAGUCUAACCAAGGUGCUAACGCCGCCCCCGUCGGCUGGCACUGGCCAAUGGGGUUUCCCCCCUCCUUCAAGAUCCAGCCCAGCAUGAGAGGAAGAGACCCCACCCACCUGUUCGCUAGGAAACGCUCUCUGGAGGUGUCGGAUAGAGAGAUGGAGUAAAGAGGAGACAAACACUACCGGUCAAAUGUUUUAGAACACCUGCUCAUUCCAGGGUUUUUCUUUAUUUCUACUAUUUUCUCCAUUGUAGAAUAAUAGUGAAGACAUCCAAACUAGGAAGUAACAUAUGGAAUCAUGUAGUAACCAAAAAAGUGUUAUAUUUUAAUUUGAGAUUCUUCAUAGUAGCCACCCUUUGCCUUGAUGACAGCUUUGCACACUCUUGGCAUUCUCUCAACCAGAUUCAUGAGGGAGUCACCUGGAAUGCAUUUCAAUUAACAGGUGUGCCUUAAAUGAUAAUUUGUGGAAUUUCUUUCCUUAAUGUGUUUGAGCCAAUCUGUUGUGUUGUGACAUGGUGGUGGGGGGAUACAGAAGAUAGCCCUAUUUAGUAAAAUACCAAGUCCAUAUUAUGGCAAGAACAGCUCAAAUAAGCAAAGAAAAACGACAGUCCAUCAUUAGUUUAGACAUGAUGGUCAGUCCAUACGGAAAAUGUGAAGGACUUUGAAAGUUUCUUCAAGUGCAAUUGCAAGAACCAUCAAGCACUAUGAUAGAACUGGCUCUCAUGAAGACUGCCACAGGAAUGGAAGACCCAGAGUUAACUCUGCUGCAGAGGAUACGUUCAUUAGAGUUACCAGCCUCAGAAAUUGUUGACCAAAUAAAUGCUUCACAGAGUUCAAGUAACAGACACAUCUCAACUUCAACUGUUCAGAGGAGACUGUGAAUCAGGCCUUCAUGGUUGAAUUGCUGUGAAGAAACCACUACUAAAGGACACCAAUAAUAAGAAGAGACUUGCUUUGGGCAAGAAACACGAGCAAUGGACAUUAGACCCGUGGAAAUUGUGAGAUUUUUGGUUCCAAACAGCCUUGUCUUUGUGAGACGCAGUGUGGGUGAACGGAUGAUGUCUCUGCAUGUGUAUUUCCCACCGUAAAGCAUGGAGGAGGAGGUGUUAGUGUGUGAGGUGUUAGUGUGUGGGGGUGCUUUGCUGGUGACACUGUCUGAUUUAUUUAGAAUUCAAGGCACACAACCAGCAUGGCUACCACAGCAUUCUGCAGCGAUACGCCAUCCCAUCUGUUUUGCUCUUAGUGGGACUACCAUUUGAUUUUCACACCUCAACACUGUGUAAGGGCUAUUUUACCAAGAAAGAGAGUGAUUGAGUGCUGCAUCAGAUGACCUAGCGUCCACAAUCCCCCAACCUCAACCAAAUUGAGAUGGUUUGGGAUGAGUCGGACCACAGAGUGAAGGAAAAGCAGCCAACAAGUGCUCAGCAUAUGUGGGAACUCCUUCAAGACUUUUGGAAAAGCAUUCCAGGUGAAGCUGGUUGAGAGAAUGCCAAGAGUGUGCAAAGCUGUUGUCAAAGCAAAGAGUGUCUAUUUGAAGAAUUUUGAUUUGUUUAACACUUUUUUGCUUACUACAUGAUUCCAUGUGUAAUGUCAUAGUUUUGAUGUAUUCACUAUUAUUCUACAAUGUAGAAAAUAGUUUUUAAAAAAUAAAGAAAAACCCUUGAAUGAGUAGGCGUGUCCAAACUUUUGACCGGUAGUGUACAUGCACACCGCUCAUACCUUAUACACACAAACACACCACAGCUACCUUAAACACACAAACAGACAGUCAUGAAUGCUUCAACUCUCCAUGCAUGCUGACACGCACAUCCGUGCACAUGCACGCACACACACAGGUUUCCCCUCAAAUGAUUAAGGCUAAAUGAUUAAGGCCAUAUGAUUAAGGGAAGUUUGGAGCUGCUGUAAUGUAGUAGUUGAUUUGGGGAAGUGUCGAUCUCUAACUGCCAUUGAAAGCGUUUCUGUGCCGGCUGACGCUUGAUGAGAGGGGGAUGAAACUUGUUAGCUGGACGUUGAAUGUGGAGGAUGACAUCCACUUAACCCAGAGAGCUGUUGAAAAGUCUCUGAUAAUUUCAUGUGAACCGAAUGAAACAUUUCAAAGGCUAUCUAAGAAGACGAACCUUCUGAUUUCAACAUGGCACAGCAGCCAUAACGUCCCAGUUUUGACCAGCGAUUACCAAGAGAAGCCUAUUUAAAAAGACCCCUGGAUAUAUUACCAUAAUAUUAUUAUUGAUAUUUAUUUUCUCACUAAAUGUUUAUUUAUGAUGUUGUGAUUGGUUUGAGUUGUCGGCAGCGGGCGGAGCUUGACAUCUAGAUGGAACGUCAAAUUCUGAUGCCGUGCUGUUAUGCCGCUCUACGACGAUGUCACCACCCCUUCACAGGGACAUGAUGUCAACGCGCUGGUCGUGGGGCUCACCACGUCCUUCUCUGUCACUGUCUGUGUUAAUGUAUGAUCCUAUACUCUGUAAGAACAUGACAAUAGUAUGCUGUGGAAGAUGUGGCUAAAUCGUGUAUGAUUUGAGAUCCUGUGUGUGUGUUAGUUAUAGUGUAGUCGAGUCUGGUACUCUACACUAUGGGGGCUUGGGGGUAAUUCUCUCUGCUACAAAUAAAUGUUGUGAUCUGCAUCAUAUUGACUA